AGCUUCACGAGCGCUGCUGCGCACUGAGCCAUGCACGAGGAAGCGAGAAAACCUACUGAGCUUGUUUUUGAGUGAUUGAUGUCGCCAAACAUAGUUUUGAAGGAUGAACCGGGGCCGGGGAGUGAGAAAAAGAACGGCACCAGAAAAAUCAGAUGCCUUUGAAACUUGUAAUGAGGAAAUACGUGUGGAGAUUCACCAGCUCUUCAACAAGGUUAGAGGUUAUGUUCCCCCUGCUGGAGGAGAAUGGACGUUGCCUGACCCAAGUGUGGUGCUCUGUGAUCCUCAUGUGAGUCACCCACGUUUGCAGGCUCUGAAACAAUCACUAAAUGAAGUGAAGAAUCAACUCAGCGAUAAAGACCUCUCAGUAUGGCACCAGCAUACUUGUUUCACCAACCGAGCAGGCACUGUUACAGCGCACCUUCGCUCCACAACCAACGCAGAGCUGUGCACCCAGGCUUGGGCCAAGUUCUAUGAGAUCCUAGGCACUUUUAAACUUCUCCCUGACAAUGCGUUGAAGAGUGGCGAAUUGAACUCCGUACACCUGUGUGAAGCCCCUGGUGCCUUCAUAUCAGCUCUAAAUCACUUCCUCAAGACGAGUGGCCUGCACUGCGACUGGAACUGGAUUGCAAACACUCUAAAUCCUUACUAUGAAGCCAACGGACGUGGUUGCACUAUUUCAGAUGACAGACUCAUCGCACACACUCUGCCUUGGUGGUUCUUUGGAUCCGACAACACAGGUGACAUAAUGCUUCAGAAGCAUCUGCUGGAACUGCCGAGAUUUGUGAGCAACAUGCGCAGUGUUGAUUUGGUUACAGCAGAUGGAAGCUUUGACUGUCAGGGGGACCCAGGGGAACAGGAGAGAUUAGUUGCUCCUCUGCAAUAUUGCGAAGCCAUUUGUACACUUCUGCUGUUAGGAACCGGAGGCUCAUUUGUCCUGAAGAUGUUCACACUAUUUGAACACUCAUCUGUCUGUCUGCUGUAUCUCCUUGCAUGCUGCUUCCGUUCCGUGAACGUCUUCAAGCCAGGCACCAGCAAGUCUGGAAAUUCAGAGCUGUAUAUAGUGUGCUUGGACUAUCAGGCCAAAGAACAAAUUCGGCCAUUGCUCUCAAAGUUAAUCCGUAAUUACGGACCAGACUUGGCAUCCACAGUGGCGCUCUUUCCCCGUCGCUGCAUUCCAGACUCAUUUCUAUGUCAGCAUGAAGAGAUAUGUAAAUUUUUCCAUGCAUUGCAAGUUAACACAAUCCAGGAGAACAUCAAGCUUUUUGAAUGCAUGAGCGUAGAACAGCGCAGGCGAUUGGAGCAGCUUAGGGAAUAUGCUGCAGAGUUUUAUACAAAACGUUUCAGUGUUCACUACCUCCCUCGGAAAAGCUGGGUUUGCCAUGAUGGUGUGGCCAGAUGGGUAAAAGUCUGUGAAAGGAAGCAAAUGGGCUCUUUCAAUCAGCGCAAGGAGAUGGAACUUCAGGGAUGGAAGCAGCGCCUUGCCCAUGGUAAUCAUGGGGAGUUCAUAGAGAGACACUGUGCAGGGACAGAAGGAUGUGAGAUUGUACUUAGUGGCCCAUUGGAUGAGUGUGAUUUGGAAGCCUGGUUUGCCCUUGAGGGAGCUGCCUUGCCGAAAGUCUGCAGCUCCACCUUCUGUGAUCAAGAAAUGCUAGACUUCCUGAAUGAAGCUCUGGAGGAGAACCUGGGGGUCAAAGCGGUGAAUCAUUCUGACAGAGCUUUGCCAGUAUGCAGCUCCUGUAGCAUUGACUCCCCUGUAGGCAUGUUAUCUGAGAUUUGCAGCAACCCUGAUGUGACAUCUUGUUUGGUGCUGGGAAGACAGUCUUGGUGUGACGGAACACUUGUAAGCAGUAAAUUGCAGCCAGUGUUUUUGCAAGGACCCUCCUGUUGUGAGGUACAGGAUUCCACAUUGCAGGACGGACAACCAGACUAUCAAUUUGAGCUUUUGAACACUGUGCUUUUUGCUCUGCAGAAAGAGCAUCAGGGAUCGACCCUGGUGAUUCCCUUAUGUUCUGUCUUAACACGCUUCACCUCCGGCCUGGUUUUCACACUCCACCUGUGCUUUCGUUACAUCACAUUCCGUUGUUUGUCUGGUUGGCCUCCUGCUGUUCUUGUGUGUAUAGGUUUCUCUCCACCAUCAGCUCUACCCCGGCUGCUGGACUUUCUCCGGGACGUGUUGGAGAAGAUGAAAAAAGUUCAACUUGAGCUGGGGAGGCAGAUUCUGCAGUUUGUACCUUUAGAAGAACUUCUCAGAGGGGAAUUACCUCGCUUCCUGUCUUCCUUCAAUAGUGCUGUUGUUCGACAGCAGCUACAUGUGCUCAUGCAGGUUGAAUAGAGCACAUAAUGCUACCCCUGUAUGCCUAAAUUCUCUAGAAGAACUUUUCAGUUAGAUUACAUUUCAGUGUAAUCAUGUCUUGGUAUACUUUAAUUCAAAGAGCAGGUCAUAUGGCAUUUUAAAGUGUCCUAAUAUUGCGUUGGAGUCCCCUACAACAGGU